CGUGUCUUGCUGCCGUUGCCGCCUCUGCGAUGCUGCCCUUCCUGCGCGGCGUGCCUCGUGCCCUGGGCUCCGCUGUGGCCGGCCUCCGCGCCGCCGCGCCCCGCCCGCCGCGCCGGCCGCUCCUGCAGCCGACGCCCCGGCAGUGCACCCGGCCCUUCGGGCUGCUCUGCGUGCGCGCGGGCUCCGCGCGGCGGCCCGAGCUCCUGCGGGCCCGCAGGCCCUGCUCCUGCGGCUGCGGCGCGCUGCACACGGAAGGAGACAAAGCUUUUGUUGAAUUCCUGAAUGAUGAAAUUAAAGAAGAGAGGAAGAUCCAGAAGCAUAAGUCUCUCCCCAAGAUGUCCGGAGGUUGGGAGCUGGAAGUGAAGGGAACGGAAGCCAAAUUGGUGCGGAACGUUGCUGGUGAAAAGAUCACCGUCACUUUCAACACUAACAAUAGCAUCCCGCCCACGUUUGAUGGGGAGGAGGAGGCCUCGCAGGGCCAGAAGGCUGAAGAACAAGAGCCGGAACUGACAUCCACCCCCAAUUUUGUGGUUGAAGUUACAAAGAGCGAUGGCAAGAGGGCCCUCGUGUUGGACUGCCACUAUCCAGAGGAUGAGGUUGGACAUGAGGAUGAUGAGGAGAGCGACAUUUUCUCCAUCAGAGAAGUGAGUUUUCAGUCCCCGGGCGAGCCUGAAUGGAAUGACACCAAGUACACGCUCAACACGGACUCCCUGGACUGGGCCCUGUACGACCACCUCAUGGACUUCCUGGCGGACCGAGGCGUAGACAACACUUUCGCGGACGAGCUGGUGGAGCUCAGCACAGCCCUGGAGCACCAGGAGUACAUUACUUUUCUGGAAGACCUCAAAGGCUUUGUCAAGAGCCAGUAGUGCAGAGAGAGGGACCCCGAGAACCAGAUUGUAUGGCAGGCUUUGGGCAGCGAACAAAACCUACCGUCAAUGAAGGCCAGGCACAGCGCUUUGAAAUGGAUAAUACCCUCAUAUCAUGGAAGACAUUCAGAAUUAAGUUAUUUCUGUUGUGCCCUUGUUUACUAUUCAUAUAUUCCUUUGCAAUUCUGUAUUGUCCAAAUUUUCCUUUUGUUAUAACAUAAUGAUGGACAAUAAACUGGGUUAACCCCUU